AUGUCUUCAUCCUCUAGCAACAAGAACCAAGCACAGGCCAAGUACGCCAACAGCAACCUCAAUGCCGUGUUUGCAAAGCCCUCGGCUUCUGCUGCAGCCCAGUCGUCAACCAGUGGCACUAUUAACAGGAAUGGCAUGCUUGUGCUCUCAAAGCGCACAACCCGUGCGGUCUCUGGAGCCAAAGUCGUGGUGCCAAAGCCCGUCAACUUGCCGUCGCUGAAGAAGGAACAUGCUGGUAACGACCCCACAACUCAGCUAGUUCCCGCUGGUGCCGGUGCUGGCUGGGCAAAGCCGGAGGAGCAGGCUCCUCCGGCACAACCUCAAGAAGUCAG